UACGGAAAGGAAGUGGUGUUUGCAGCACAUGUCGUCAGCAUUUCAGAAACAGAAGCAGGAUCAGGACAAGGUUAGCCUUAGCUACAUAGUGAGUUCAGGGCCAGCCUAGGUUACCUACUACAGUUCUGUCUUGCAAAACAAAACUCUAGGACCAGAAUAGUUGCUUUGUCUUGUCAUCUCAUUCCAGAACCACCUGUCAAGCGUUUGUUGAGUGACUAACCGUUAACUGCACACUUGCUGGGCCUUUAGUUGUUUAUGAAGCAGACGUCAUAAAACCUCACUUUAUAGAAUGGGACAAAUGAGUUUGAUGCAGUCAAGAAGGUGAGGGUCAUGCAGGACACUGUGACACCUGUUGCUGCUUUACCGCAAGCCUUGUAAUUAAUGUAUUUUGCUUCCUAGCCGAACUUAAGUGCCAAUCAGUCUUUGCACUUGGAUAGGAAUCCAAUCUACAAGUGUCAGAGGUGUGUUCUCUGUCCAGGGCAGGCAUAUUGGAAUAAAGGAGACAAUGGGAUAAACCAAAUCACUGUCUGAGGGUCUUUAUUGUGGAAAUGACUGCUAGUCACUAGUCUCUCGUAGGUUCACCGGCAGAUCCCAGCUCCAUCAGUGAAGAAUCUGAUCUUGGGGGUCAGCGGCUGGGGUGGAGCCUAGGCCUCUCGGUAACCCGCAUUCCCCAAUUCCUAACAUGUUAGGAAUCCCCUCCAGCCCGGUCAACGACCUGGGAGAGAGAAGGCGCCAACCUACAAAUAUCUACUAGGCCGGUCUGGAGCUCCGCCCUUGACAUCGCCCUGCCCCGCGCGCACCAGGUGCCGGCUGAGCUCUGUGCGCGGUGCAGGCCCAGGCUGCGCGGCCCUCCGCGUGCUCCAAUUCAAAAGAGGCGAAAGCCUCGCGGGGCGGCGCCGGCAGAGGCGUCGAGGCUGGUUCGAGGGGGUGACGGUGCUCACUGCCCCGACCGUUAGGCCCCAGGUGUGCUGCCCUCCUGGGACGCCACGGAGGCUGGAGGAGCCUGUGCUGGAUGCCCGAUGGCUGCGGAGUCCUGGUUCGCCGGGUCGCUGGCCCUGGGCCCUGGAGAAGCACCGCCUUCGGACGAUUCGAUACCCGGGCCGCCGCCCUAUGGAGACCCCUCGUGGUCGCCCGCCCGGAGACCCGAGGCCUCAGCGGAGCAGGAGCCGCAGCAGGCACAGCAGCUGAUGGAAACCCCAGCCUCAGCUACCUCCAGGGAGCCACUGGCAACGGAGCUCGGACCUGCUCGCCUCCCACUGGACUCCAUGUUCAACCCCAUCACUGACCAGCUCCGUUAUCUGCUCAGGAAGGCGGAUGACUUUCAAAGCUACUUGCUCUACAGCAGGGAUCGAGUACAGAAGGAACAGCUAGCCAAGGCCAUGCCCACCUUCUUAAGGAUGUGCGAACCUUACUUCCUGUACCUUGAGGCUGCCGCAAGGAGUGUCCCCCCCAUCUACGGAGCACUGCAGGAGCUGGUCCGGAAGGGGUUGCUGGAGAUGUCCCAGCAGCUCACCCUGCGUUUGGAACAGUUAGUUCUCAUGUAUGCUUCCUUCGGAUUCGUGGACCUGGAGGAAACCAACCCUUUGAGCAUCUCCUGCUUCUUCUGCGGGAGAUUCUCCCUUAGCCCCUCCCACGAUGUGUCCAUCUUCCGGUACUGCACCCCAGCUGCGUACACCGCCAGUCACUUCCCGAGAUACCUCUAUAAGAAGAUGCGCUGGAACCUGGAAACCACCACAGAGGCCAGUAGCCAAGGAACAGACUCCCAUGUGGAUUACUACUUCUUAUGUUAUCGAGAUACAUGGGAGGAUGCAGGCCAGGGUCCAGCCAAUUCGUGCCCCCAAAUCCAGAAACUCUGGUCCAUCGGCCGCUGGAUGCCCCUAGGACCGGCAGAGGAUGACCUUGAUUCAUGGAUUUUGUGCCCGCAGCCACCCGGGGACUACCAGCAGUUACUAACCAUCGGCUUCGAGGAGCCUUCGCAUGUGCUGGCCACCGACCUGCUGGUACAGAUCCUCAUGGGCCAGGUAGGCCCCGCCCGGCCCCCCAUCGCUGCCGGGCCCUCGGCUUGGGCUGCCCCGGCAUCCUGA